AUGGAUCCAACUACUACAACCUUGAGAACUUAUACCACAUGCAUGAAUGAAACUGAACAAGAUGUCUCUUCAUCUGACAUGGGAAUCCUGAUUCUGAGAUUAUUUAUCAUUAUUAUUGCCCUGAUUGGUCUGGCAGGUAACUUUGUUGUGCUCUGGCUUGUGGCCUUCCACAUGCAGAAGAAAACGUCUUUCCAUAUCUACAUCUUCAACCUGGCUAGCGCUGAUUUCCUCUUUCUUUGCUUCAGGAUUAUAAUAACCCUGGACGAAUUCCCUAACUUAAACUUUCCGUAUAUUUUCGAAGUUCUAUUGAACUGUACAUACAUUACAGCCCUGAGCAUUCUCAGUGCCAUCAGCAUAGAGCGCUACAUAUCUGUACUAUUUCCCAUCUGGUACCACUGCCGCCGCCCAAGAAACAUAUCAGUUAUUGUAUGUUCUCUGCUCUGGUCCCUCUCACUGCUGCUGAGUGUUCUGGAAGGGAACUAUUGUGCCUUCUUCAGUGCUAAUUUGGACAUGUAUCGGUGCCAAGUACUUGAUUUCAUCACUGCCUCAUGGCUGAUUUUCUCAUGUGUGCUUCUGUUUGGAUCCAGCCUGGCCCUGCUAGUGAGAGUGCUCUGUUUCUCUCAACGAAUGAAGCUGACCAGGCUGUAUGUGACUAUUGGGCUCACAGUGUUGGUCUUCCUCCUCUGUGGCCUGCCCUUUGGUAUAUACUGGUUUCUCUUAUUUUGGAUUCAGAAUGAGUUUUCCUUAUAUUGUUUUCAAAUUGUCUCUUUCCUCUCCUGUAUCAACAGUUUUGCUAACCCCUUUGUUUAUUUCUUCGUUGGCUCCUUUAGGCAGAAAAGGCAGCAGGCCCUCAAGCAGGUUCUGCAGAGGGCUCUAGAGGACAGUCCUAUCAUGAAUGACAGUAUGAGCAACCCUACCCAGGAGACCCUGCAGCUGGAGAGAAGACAGAUGUGCUGA